UGCAGCUUCACAUAAACAGAACAAAAUGCUCAGCUGGCCCGACGGCAGCCGAGAGCUAUAACUUCGUGACAGUCUCGGACCCUCUUCACUAGCAUGCCAGGUUUACUUUAUGAACGUUUAGCAACCGCCACAGCCAAACAAUGAGAGACAUCCUUAAGAGGAAGUUUGCAGAAGUAGAGGAAAAUCCCUGCUACUCCCCUCCCUCCUCCAUCUCCUCCUCCUCUUCUUCUUCUUCUGCUUCUCCAUCAUCCCUCUCCUCUCCUGCCUCCUCUGAGUGGGAGUCGGAUGGGGAGGGAAGCUCCUCCGAGAACCAGGACUUCACACCUCACAGUCCUACGUCAGCCUCCGGAUCGCCCAUUUGGCCCAUCCUGAAGAAGCCGAAGCUCUCAAAAAGGCCGAACAGCGUGCGCUUCGACCAGGUGACGGUGUUCAGCUUCCCCCUCUGCCAGGGUUUCACCAGCGUGCCCAGCAGAGGAGGUGCCACCCUGGGCAUGGUGCGCAAACACAGCGCACUCCGGAGGUACACCGUGGACGAGCAUGCCAUGGAGCAGCGCAGCAGGCGCAGAGAGAGGCACAGAGAGAAACUAAUUCAGGAGAGGUUUGAGGCACUAAAACACCAACUGAUCAUAAGUGGAGCUGUUGACCAAAACGAGGCGGAGAAGCUGACGAGGGAUCAAGUUCUGGGUGGAGACCCUGACAUUCAUGUCAGUGAGUCUGAUUUGGAGGACGGAGGCUACCUUCAGCCGUUCUCUUCCAAACAGCGGCAGGCUCUCCUCCUGGCAACGGGGGUGAAGGUCAUCGACAAGGAGGAGAAGAGGCAGCUUCACGCGCUGCGUCUCUCGAGGGAGGCCUGCGGCUGCGACUGUCGGGGCUUCUGUGAGCCGGAGACCUGCGCCUGCAGUCAGGCAGGCAUCAAGUGCCAGGUGGACCGCUUUAACUUCCCCUGUGGAUGCACCAAGGACAGCUGCGGAAACGUACAGGGGCGCAUCGAGUUUGACGCCCGCCGCGUUCAGACUCAUUACAUCCACACGCUCAUGAGGCUAGAGCUGCAGAGGCGACUACGACGUGAAACGCUCGUCUCGGGGGAGCAGGCGAGCGUGACCGAGGAGCUCAGAGACUGUUCAGGACACAAUGAGGUCGGUACGGAGCAGAGCGCGCAGGAGAGCAGGUGUCCAUUCAGGUCCAGCCUGGAGGAGAACCUGCUCCCUUUCACCAUGCCCGCCGCCCCUUCUUUCCGCUGCAUCCCGGACCAGCUGGUCACUGAGGAGAACAGCUGCAGCAGCGACAUGUCUGAAUCCUCCCUCUCCUCCUCCGAAUGCGACGCGGGUCAAUUCUUCAGCGGGACUCAGACUCUUCCAGACAGAGACACAGAUUUGACUCAUGACUCCAGCAAUAAGAACUUCUUCUCGUGUGCCCAAAACCGGCACAGAUGCAGCUCUGCAACCGCAGAUGACGACAGACCGCAUUCGCCCGUUGCGCUCGCAGACAACAUUGACGCCAGCAGGAACUAUCUCGACGAGAACGCCAAUCAGUCCAGAGACUUUUUCGACGAGGACUCUUUCGAGGACUUUCCUCACACCCCGUCUCCCACAGUGGGCUACUCCUUCAGCGGAUACAUGGACCUGAGCCUCUCCUCUGACUCCGACCUGGAGUUCUUCCACAGGGACUAUCCCUCCGGACUGCUGCACAGCUCCUUCAAAGAGCACAGACUCUCCGACAGCUUUCAGCACUUCCAGCUGUGCAGCUCGGUGAAUUUACCACAGCAGGAGUUGAGCACCCAGCUCCUAGAGUCUCUGAUUGGCUGAUUCAGACACUGCGCCUUCAUACCCAAUUUAAUAAAACGCCCACUCUAGUGCUUUAAAAAAAAAAAAUAUUUAUAAUAAUUUCUAAAUACAAAGACCUAUUUUUUCUGAUGAAAUAUUUUUGCCUGAAGGUUGUUAUUUUCAAGAGAAACAACACUUGACUACUCAGCUUCAUUUUUAGUAAUUCCUUAAAACAAAAUUGUAAUGGGAUGUAUUUAAUUUUUACCACAACCAACAAUAUCAUGCACAAAGUACGCAUAUGAACAUGCAAUGAAGAGCUCGGUGUUGUAGCAUGUUAAUUAAAACAGCCACUCUGUGGAUGACGAUAAGCCGUGCUCUGCUGGAUUUGGGAAUCAUUCUCACAUCACUUCGAUUAUUUCCCAGGACAUACUCUGAAUACCUGUUUACUGGGCCCAUACGUAUUUAUUUAUUUAGUCACUGAUUAUUUGUAUGAGUAGUAACUCAUAAAAAGGUGACAUAAUUAUUAACUGGUAAAAAUGGCAGUUUUUUUCAGAAUGACACCUAGUAUUGUAAUGGUAGCAGUUCCAGUUGAGAAUCAGUAGUUUUCCUUUACCUAUGAGUGUAUGGAAGCAGUGGUGUGUCAGAUGGUCCAUAUUUAAAGCUUUAUUUAUUAUUUUUGUACAGCAGGCAUUUUUAUUCCACAGUACAGAAAACAUCUUCCAUGUUUGGUAUGCGGUUAGCCCUUUCAAUGAGAUGCUUAUGAAAGUGCGAAGAGCAAAUUUUAGGCCUUGUACACACAUAGCCAGGUCUUUAUAAAAUCGAAUAUCUCCACCGCAUCGUUUAAAAAACAUAUCGUACACGCGGGAUCGAUUUCAGAAAAGUUUUUAUCAACACGAACCCACUCGUACUCAGUUCCGACCCGGAGAGCUGUUUUAAACACGCCAAACCCUGAAGGGUUCAUUGUAGCGCAAAUUUAAAACAUAUCUCAGCUUACAACUGCUACUUCCUGUUAGAUAUUAAACAUGGCGCCAGGAGGUUCAUUUGUGUGUUUGAACUACUUUUAAAUAGCGCAUUUAAUUAAAUCACAAGACGAUGUCGUUUGGGAAUUUCGGAGGCCUGUAGGGGACAUGGGGAAAAAUGUUUCUUUUGCAUUACCUUGCAAAACUGUUGCGUUCCCUCAAAAUAUUCAUAUUGCAAUAUUUUCUGGUCUAUUUUGUAUACAGUGACAAAUGUCAAUUUAGAAUUUCAAAUUUAUACACAUUUAAAGAGCCACGGUGAAAACGCGUUUAUUCUUAACUUUGGUGCAAAAAAAUUUAUUGAAAAUUGAUUUAUUCGCUGGAUGUUUAUUUCUGAUUGUGUAAGGAUGAGAUGGAACUGCGCAUGAAAACGAUCCUUUAAACCAUUCAGACUACCAACACAAAAGAGACUCUUGUCAAAACUGUCAGAUGACUUACUAUUUCUGAUAAAAACUCAGAAAUAGUGCAAAUAGUUUGGAUGUAUUUUUUGUAUAAACAAUUGUUUUUAGUGAUAUACAACUUGAGUUUUUGUGUCGAUGAAAGGCCAAAACGCAUGAAAAUGAAUUUAUUUUCCCAAAAACCUGGCUACAUGUGGACUAUGCCUUUUUUACCUGCUGGCUGGAGAAAGGGUUUCCCUACUUUUUCCUCUACUUGCUCAAAUCAGCAUUCCUGUUUUAAAGGAAAGUGCAUCAUGUUACACAUCCAGCAUAAGUUUUUGCCGUUUAAAUGCCGUGAUACUGUGGUUUUUUUGCGCAAGGUUAUUAUAAUGGCAAAUGUCAUGCUGGCCCAAGCCUAAUUGUUCCUUUAGUCCCUGUGAAGCAUUUUUGGUCCGUCUGUUUGAGCAACAUGUAAAUAUGUUGGCCGCUAUAAGCCCUGUAAUUCCUCCCAUUUCAGUGUUCUGCCGCAACCAACUUGCUGUCAGAUGUUCAUCUUCAAUUUACCAUUGACGCCAUGUUUACAGGAGUGUCUAAUAAAAUCUGCUUCAGCUGUGUAAUAGUCUUGACUUAUUAAGUAUCUCUGUAACUGUUCAGUAGAUCGUCAUGGGUUUUGGAUAUGAUGCAUAAUGUCGAGAGAUUUUUGAAUAAUAUAUCUGGAAAAAUAUAUAUUGUGCUAUUGUUAACUGAGCAAUGAUUCAUUAAAACAAAUGUUUCCAUUUUUUUAAACUAUGGAGUACAUCUGCAUUUUUUAAUUUUUUUAUUUGACUAAACAGUCUGGCUAACAUUGUCGAGAAAUAAACAGAGCCAACCAAGAGAAUCAACUCA